AUGGUUGCCGAAGAAUUGGUAGCAUGGGAUAAGAAGCCCGCAAUACCACAGGUAACAUUCCGCUCAAUAGUGGCUGGUCUUACAAUCGGCUCGCUAGUUCUUAUAUCCAACUUUCAAUUUGGCUUGCAAACUGGUUGGGUAUCAAUGAUGUCUUUACCAUCUGCAUUGUUAGGCUUUGCUGUUUUCAGGUCACUUUCAAAUAAUCUUGGUUAUCCAUUUACCGAUGUCGAAAAUGUAUUUGUUCAGAGUAUCAGUGUUAGCGUUGGAACAGGACCUCUCUGUUUUUCUUUUGUGGGGAUAAUUCCAGCAAUUGAGAAGUUUUUGACUCCCGAAGAAACAGGCUUGGGUCAUAGCAUAACAUUUUCAAUUAAGGAUUUGAUCGUUUGGAGCACUGGAUUAGGCUUCUUUGGGAUUUUUUUUGCCAUUCCUCUUAGAAAGCAGGUAGUUGUGAAGGAAAAGCUUCCAUUUCCCUCAGGCUCGGCAACUGCCACUCUAAUUUCCGUUUUACACAAUACUGAAAUAAAUGAACAAGUUCCAAGUUUUACCAGUGGUACAUUCAGCGGAGAACAUAAUCAGGGAGUGAAGUAUAGACAAACAAGAUUAACAGAAAGUAAUCUAAAUACAGAAGAGUAUGAGCCGCAGUCUACUAAUAAUAACGACCCGGAUAAUCGCAUUUCAAGAACCACUUCUAAUUUGUUAGAAUCACAAUCAUUAAUUGAAUUAAAACAACUGGAAAUUUAUAGCAAAAACCUAAAAAAUUUGGUAUUCACAUUUUCUAUAUCUUCGUUAUACACAGUCUUUUCAUAUUUUGUUCCGGUUAUUAGAAGUUUACCUAUAUUUGGCCACAACAUGUCAGUUAAUCAUCUCUGGAAUUUCCAACCCUCGCCUGCAUAUGUUGGCCAGGGAAUAAUCAUGGGAUUGCCGACAGUUUCAUACAUGCUAUUUGGGGCCAUUUUAGGUUGGGGAAUCCUAGCGCCAAUGGUGCAACAUUUUGGUUGGGCGGAUGGCCCAAUUGGUGAUUGGAAAACAGGUGCCCAAGGUUGGAUUCUUUGGAUUAGUUUGAGUGUGAUGGUUAGCGACAGUAUUGUUUCCUUCUUGUCUAUUGUCAUUAAAACAUGCGUAAAUUAUCUUAAAUCAAAACAAAAUAAGAAAAAUGAAUACGAUGAUGCCACCCAAGGGUUAAUUGAUUACCGUCAGCAACGAGGUAUAUCGUCAGAUGAAGAUGAAAGAAAUGCUACUUACCACGGUCAAAACCAAGAAAAUCUUUCGGAUGCAGCAGAAAUCCAGCAAGAAGAGGAGUUUUCCGAUGUGGAUGCCAAGUUUUUGGUAUCAAAUACAGUUACAGUUACUGGUAUCAUAAUCUCUAGCAUUGUUUGUGUGAUUUCAAUCAAGUAUCUUUUCAAAGACAUUAGUGUUUAUCCAAUUUUUUGGUCAAUUGUCUUGGCAUUCUUUCUCUCAAUAUUGGCCGUCAGAGCCCUUGGUGAGACUGAUUUGAAUCCGGUGAGUGGUAUAGGAAAGUUGUCGCAGUUAUUCAUUGCAUUGCUUGUCUCAAAGUCACAUCCUUCCAGGAUUUUAAUCAACUUGGUUGCUGGAGGUAUUGCUGAAGCAGGUGCUCAACAAGCUGGUGAUUUAAUGCAAGAUUUAAAGACGGGUCAUUUGAUUGGCGCUCUGCCGAAGUGUCAAUUUUAUGCCCAAUUGAUUGGUACUGUCUGGUCAGUUAUUUUAUCUUCAAUAAUGUACAAGGUUUACAAUUUGGUGUACAAUAUCCCAAAUGACUUAUUCAGAAUUCCAACAGCAAUUAUCUGGCUCGAUUGUGCGAGAUUAGUGACCGGACAAGGGUUGCCAGAUCAUGUUUUUGAAUUUGCAGUAGUAAUGGCAAUCAUAUUCGGUGUCAUUGCUAUUCUUAAAAAUACUAUCCCACCAUCCCAUAAACAUUAUGGAAAAUUAAUUUGGUUGCCUAGUGGAGUGCCAGUGGGAAUAGGAUUGUAUAAUAUUCCGUCAUUCACCUUAGCGAGGUUCAUCGGGGGAUUGGUAGCCUACUUCUGGCUAAAACGUCAUCAGAAAGAAGGGGAAAACCGAAAGGUUGAUAUGAUUAUUUUUAGUUCAGGAUUGGUUUUAGGUGAAGGUUUAUUUGGUAUAGUCAAUAUGAUUAUGGCUAAUAUUGAUGUACCACAUUUAUAA